AACAUCUCAACAUGGGUCGUAAAAGGAAGUGGGCUGCCUCUUAUUCGACUUUCACAAGUCACUUGUGAUCAUAGAAUCGGAAUAAUGUGAUAAAAUGAGCCUGCCUUAAGAGUGGACAUGAAACAUUGUUACUAGCCAUGAGGCAAAGAAAAAUGGAGGCCUAUCAAGGAAUAAGCUUUGUCGUGCUUCUUACCAUCAUCAUUACACUUCAGACUCAUUCAGGAGAGUCCAAAGAGAGAAUACUUAAGGAUGCAGAUGACAAAAGAGAUGAACGGGGAGACUUGUAUGGCAACAUUAUUUCAUAUCUGAUAAAAAGGUUUGACGAUUGGAGAAAUAUUAAAGAUGAACGAACGAGGAAUGAUGGAAGAACUCAAAUUGAAAGUGCGAUUUUGAUUAGAAAAAAGAGAUCCGGAGGAACACCCGAACCAACAGCAGAAGGAGAAAGUGAACCAGAACCCACUGCAGAAGGAGAAAGUCAACCUGAACCGACGGCAGAAGGAGAAAGUGAACCUGAACCGACAGCAGAAGGAGAAAGUGAACCUGAACCGACUGCAGAAGGAGAAAGUGAACCUGAACCGACUGCAGAAGGAGAAAGUGAACCUGAACCGACAGCAGAAGGAGAAAGUGAACCUGAACCGACAGCAGAAGGAGAAAGUGAACCUGAACCGACUGCAGAAGGAGAAAGUGAACCUGACCCGACAGCAGAAGGAGAAAGUGAACCCGAACCGACAGCAGAAGGAGAAAGUGAACCUGAACCGACUGCAGAAGGAGAAAGUGAACCAGAACCCACUGCAGAAGGAGAAAGUGAACCUGAACCGACAUCAGAAGGAGAAAGUGAACCCGAACCGACAGCAGAAGGAGAAAGUGAACCUGAACCGACAGCAGAAGGAGAAAGUGAACCCGAACCGACAGCAGAAGGAGAAAGUGAACCUGAACCGACAUCAGAAGGAGAAAGUGAACCGGAACCGACAGCAGAAGGAGAAAGUGAACCUGAACCGACAGCAGAAGGAGAAAGUGAACCCGAACCGACAGCAGAAGGAGAAAGUGAACCUGAACCGACAGCAGAAGGAGAAAGUGAACCCGAACCGACAGCAGAAGGAGAAAGUGAACCCGAACCGACAGCAGAAGGAGAAAGUGAACCUGAACCGACAGCAGAAGGAGAAAGUGAACCUGAACCGACAGCAGAAGGAGAGAGUGAACCUGAACCGACAGCAGAAGGAGAAAGUGAACCUGAACCGACAGCAGAAGGAGAAAGUGAACCUGAACCGACAGCAGAAGGAGAAAGUGAACCUGAACCGACAGCAGAAGGAGAAAGUGAACCUGAGUCAACGGCAGAAGGAGAAAGUGAACCUGAACCGACAGCAGAAGGAGAAAGUGAACCCGAACCGACAGCAGAAGGAGAAAGUGAACCUGAACCGACAGCAGAAGGAGAAAGUGAACCUGAACCGACAGCAGAAGGAAAAGAACCCGAACCGACAGCAGAAGGAGAAAGUGAACCUGAACCGACAGCAGAAGGAGAAAGUGAACCCGAACCGACAGCAGAAGGAGAAAGUGAACCUGAACCGACAGCAGAAGGAGAAAGUGAACCAGAACCGACAGCAGAAGGAGAAAGUGAACCUGAACCGACAGCAGAAGGAGAAAGUGAACCCGAACCGACAGCAGAAGGAGAAAGUGAACCUGAACCGACAGCAGAAGGAGAAAGUGAACCUGAACCGACAGCAGAAGGAGAAAGUGAACCCGAACCGACAGCAGAAGGAGAAAGUGAACCUGAACCGACAGCAGAAGGAGAAAGUGAACCUGAACCGACAGCAGAAGGAGAAAGUGAACCCGAACCGACAGCAGAAGGAGAAAGUGAACCUGAACCGACAGCAGAAGGAGAAAGUGAACCCGAACCGACAGCAGAAGGAGAAAGUGAACCAGAACCGACAGCAGAAGGAGAAAGUGAACCUGAACAGACAGCAGAAGGAGAAAGUGAACCUGAACCAACAGCAGAAGGAGAAAGUGAACCGGAACCCACUGCAGAAGGAGAAAGUGAACCUGAACCCACUGCAGAAGGAGAAAGUGAACCUGAACCGACAGCAGAAGGAGAAAGUGAACCUGAACCGACAGCAGAAGGAGAAAGUGAACCUGAACCGACUGCAGAAGGAGAAAGUGAACCUGAACCGACAGCAGAAGGAGAAAGUGAACCUGAGCCAACAGCAGAAGGAGAAAGUGAACCUGAACCGACAGCAGAAGGAGAAAGUGAACCUGAACCGACUGCAGAAGGAGAAAGUGAACCUGAACCGACAGCAGAAGGAGAAAGUGAACCUGAGCCAACAGCAGAAGGAGAAAGUGAACCUGAACCCACUGCAGAAGGGGAUAGUGAACCGGAACCCGACCAAGAGGGUGAACCAGAACCGUUUUCAAACUCUACCGCUGAACCAGAACCUGAAGGCGAACCGUGGCCUGAACCUGGGCCAGAUUGGGAUAAAGCCUUCGUCAUGCUUGGUCCGGCUUGGGGUCUUCACAUAUAUGGUUUUGCCAUUGGAUUUAGUUUUGUUGCGAUCUACGCCAGUCAUGUUGUAACGAGUUUAUUUGGAGACAGACAUCGUGCGGGCUCCAGGUCUCUCACGGCAACAUUAAACACACUGCUCUUAAUUUUUGGAGUUACUCGGUUUAUCUCACUCUUCGUAAAUCCAUAUGGAGCGCGAGAAAACACCCCGAUUCUCGUGUCUCGUAUGAUGUGGUCCAUCGGUUUCCCAUGUCUCACAGCCGUUCUUUCUACACUCCUUCUAGUUCUUAUCGAUACAACAAAGGUUUCUCUGGCGCCUCCUCGCUUUCAAAAAUUCUCUGCCGUCGCACAAGUUUGUGGUGUACACUUCUUGAUAGUUCUGGGAACAGACAUUCUCGUUUCUUUCUUCGUUGACCUGAAAGGGCUGCUUCUAAUGUGUCAAAUCAUCUACAUAACCUGGAGUUUAAUUCUAGCUGUUGGCUAUUUUAGGGUCAGUCAACUCAUCAAAGCGAAUUUCAAGUCAAGUUUGAGCCAGAAGAAAAACAUGCAAGGCAAGUAA